AUGGAUGAGGAUUCCCAUGAAUGGCUUGUAUCGGUCCAAAAUUCAGAUGGGCACGUUUGUUCUGGAAAUAUAAUAUCUCCAACUCAUAUACUAACUGCUGCACAUUGUGUUUUAUUAAAAGACACAAUAAUUGAAACAAGUAUUAGUAUAAAAAGUGGUAUUAAUUAUUUGAAUGAUCCGACGAGUCAAUUGUUCGAAGCCGUUAUUAUUAUUGUUCAUCCACUUUAUAAAAAUGAAAUGUUUUGGAGAAAUGACCUUGCAAUUAUAACAAUAGCUGAUCCAAUUUUUUUUUCAAAUACUCAACACAAUAUUGCUUUACCUGUAGCUGAUGAUUUCCAGUUGAAAAAACAUUUUUCAACAAUUUUUUAUGGCUGGGGAGCAUUUGACAUUGAUGAUGAAAUUUUUGAUGAGUCUCCAUAUCUCCAAAAAAUAUCAUUGACUUAUAAUGAUAAUUAUGGAUGUGAGGCAAUUUUUUUAGAUAUCAAAGCCUUGAUGUGUAUGACUAUGUUAACUAAUAAACGAGGCCCAUCAUUAGGCGACAGUGGAGGUGGUUUGAUUGUUGAUGACGUGAUUAUUGCAAUUAGCAGUUCAAACUUUAAAAAUGAUGAGACUAAUCAAUCUAUUCCAAUAUUCACAAAUAUUUAUCCUUAUAUGAAUUGGAUCAAAGAGACAAUUAAAAGAUAUUGA